CGGGAGAACCAGUGCUGGGAGAACGCGUUGGCAAACCCCGGUGACGACCAGGAAAGCCUGGCAAGAGCCUCAAGAGCUGCAUUCAGAGCCGAUUCAGAGCUGCAUUAACAGUUAUCUGCGCUGCGAAAGCGAUAUCGCUUGGAAGUCUUUGACCUUCUCUUUCGUCAAGGCUACCCUCCCGCAAAAGUAACCGUCAUGUUCCAAACCGAGGCUCUCCACGCCUUGAAAAAGGCUGCCGCCAACUGGCCUGGGAGUCAGCAGAGGUUUUUAUCGACAGCGACGCACCGAGCGUCUAGACUGAGCGACUCAGGAGUAAAGGCACGGCAUACUAUCCGCAUUGCAAACCGCUCUCAACCGACCCCCCGAUCUACGACGACCCGCUGGUCACGGCCGAACUCGUCGUCCUCAGCAUCCGAAUCUGUCCCAUACCCCGAACCGAUACCAUCACAUACCCCACAGCCUCGCGCAACAGGACUUAGACUGAUCGCCCGUCGUUCCAAAGAAGGUGUUGCCUUUGUAGGGCGGUUCAAGAAGACCAUUUUCGAGCUGUUUCUAUGGAUGGUGUGUGGGAGUUUGGCACUGGAGCUGAAGUGGAUGCGGAGAGACUUUGCGGAGUACAAAGAGACGGUGGACGUCAAGGCCAGAAAGUUGCGAAAGGAGAUCGAAGCGCUGAAGAGGGAGUUGAGGCCGCUGCCAGCGGACACUCCAAAGGCACCUGUGAAGGCCAGCAGGGCGGUGGAGAAAGCGACUUCGUCUACGCCAACCUCAGAUGUUAGCGGGUCUCCGACGCCGUCAAAGAAGUUCGCCAUAUAUUAGCGCUACGUUAGUUUUCGUGCAGUGGGAUGUAGAUCUAGAGUUUCGUGCGGCGGGAAUUCUAUCGACAGGAUGGAAUCAGACAUCAUGACCCAUAUGAGUAUAAAAACCAUACCAUACAAGACAGUACAUCUCGGGCAUCGGGAGCUUCCAUAUGCUUCGCAAAGGAAGAGUCGACUCGCUCGAAACUGGUCCUCGUGAGAGACGACGUGACCCAGGACGUGACCGAUGUUGGGACUGG